AUGUCUUCGGACACGUCCAGCGAAGUUAAAUCUUUGCAUGAAGAUGACCAGCCGACAUACGAACCCAUCAAUUUCAUUGAACAGAGUGAAGUCGAAACCCUCACUCGGAUUGCAACCCAACAAUCUCGCCGACAAUCCGUCAUCGCUCAUCGCCUGGCCUCUGUCGCCGAGCACGAUGAGUCCCUGGACCCCCAAUCGCCGAAAUUCGAUCUUGCAAAAUGGCUGAGGGCGGCCAUAAAUGAUGUCGCUCGCGACGGUAACGCAGGCCAGAACAUGGGCAUUGUCUUCAAGAACUUGAAUGUAUACGGAUCAGGAGCAGCUCUCCAAUUCCAGGAUACUGUCUCGGGCCUGCUAACUGCACCACUUCGACUGCCCGAGAUGAUUCGGGAGUCUCACUCCCCUCGCAGGCGCAUCCUCAAGGACUUCAACGGCCUUCUGAAGAAGGGCGAAUUGAUGCUUGUUUUGGGGCGACCUGGUGCUGGCUGCAGUACCUUUCUCAAGUCGCUAUGUGGAGAGCUUCACGGUUUGGAUGUUGAUAAAGAGAGCGUCAUUCAUUAUAAUGGUAUCACUCAGGGGCGGAUGAUAAAGGAAUUCAAGGGUGAAUUGGUAUACAAUCAAGAGGUUGACCGGCAUUUCCCUCAUCUCACGGUCGGCCAAACAUUGGAAUUUGCCGCUGCGACUCGUACUCCUUCCCAUCGAUUCCAGGGCAUGUCACGCUCGGAAUUCGCCAAAUACAUGGCCCAAGUCAUGAUGGCGAUUUUUGGAUUGAGUCAUACCUAUAACACCCGAGUUGGUGAUGAUUUUAUUCGUGGCGUCUCUGGUGGUGAGAGAAAGCGAGUCAGUAUCGCCGAGAUGGCUUUGGCUGCUUCUCCUUUGGCUGCUUGGGACAAUUCUACACGAGGACUGGACUCAGCUACGGCAUUGAAAUUCGUGCAGGGCCUCCGAUUGUCGUCAGAUCUCACUGGUUCUGCCCAUGCCGUCGCUGCCUACCAAGCCAGUCAAAGCAUCUACGAUGUCUUUGAUAAGGUUAUCGUCCUGUGCGAAGGAAGACAAGUCUUCUUUGGCCCUGCCUCCAGAGCCAAAGCGUACUUCGAGGAGCAAGGCUGGGAUUGUCCACCACGGCAGACUACUGGAGAUUUUUUAACAUCCAUCACCAACCCCCAGGAACGUCAAGCAAAACCCGGUAUGGAGGGCCGUGUCCCACGCACACCUGAGGAUUUCGAAAAUGUGUGGCUCCAGUCUGCCGACUAUCAACAAUUACAACGUGAGAUCGCUUCGUAUGAGGAGCAGUACCCGAUCGGCGACGACCAGCAGGCCGCGAUUGAAUUCCAGGAGAAGAAGCGUGGAAAGCAAGCAAAUCAUACUCGACCAAAGUCACCUUAUAUCAUCAGCGUCCCCAUGCAAAUCAAGCUCAAUACGGUCCGAGCCUAUCAACGUCUCUGGAAUGACGCUGCAUCAACUAUUUCAACUAUUGUCAGCAAUAUCAUCAUGGCUCUGAUUAUUGGCUCGGUGUUCUACGAUUCGCCCAACACCACUUCUGGUUUCGCGUCCAAAGGUGCGACCCUCUUCUUUGCUGUCUUGCUCAACGCCCUUACGGCGAUGAGUGAGAUAAACAGUCUCUACGCUCAACGCCCGAUCAUUGAAAAACACAACUCCUACGCGUUCUAUCACCCAGCUACCGAGGCUAUAGCAGGCGUGGUAGCGGAUAUACCGGUCAAAUUUGCUUUGGCGGUUGUAUUCAACAUCAUUCUCUACUUCAUGGCUGGCUUGCGACGCGAGCCAGGAAACUUCUUCCUCUACUUCUUGGUUACUUUUCUCAUCACAUUCGUGAUGAGUGCUGUGUUCCGUACUUUGGCCGCUGUCACGAAGACUGUGUCCCAGGCUAUGGGUUUAGCAGGUGUCAUGAUUCUGGCACUAGUGGUGUAUACAGGUUUCGUGCUACCCGUUCCGUCCAUGCAUCCCUGGUUCGAAUGGAUCCAUUAUCUGAACCCUAUUUACUACGCAUUCGAAAUCCUGAUUGCCAACGAAUUCCACGGAAGAGACUUCGCUUGCUCGCAAUUCGUACCUAGUUACGCCGACCUGUCAGGCAAAUCAUUUGCUUGCUCUGCUUCUGGCUCUAGCGCAGGCGAAACAACCGUCAGUGGCGAUCGAUACAUCCAGGUCAACUACGAGUAUAGCUAUAGCCACGUGUGGCGAAACCUCGGCAUUCUCUUCGCAUUCCUCAUCGGCUUUAUGAUCAUUUACUUUGUUGCGUGUGAGCUGAACUCUUCGACAACUAGCACGGCAGAGGCUCUGGUAUUCCGCCGCGGCCAUGAACCGGCAAAUAUGCGCCGCGGUCACAAAAAGGCAGAAUCCGAUGUUGAAAGCGCCGAUACAGUGGCUGCGAGACAAUCCAACAACUCCGACGAUACAGAUGGCAAGGGAAUGGCUGCCAUUCAGCCUCAGACAGAUGUCUUCACUUGGCGCGACGUGAGCUACGAUAUCGAAAUCAAGGGAGAACCCCGUCGACUUUUGGACCAUGUUUCUGGAUGGGUCAAGCCAGGUACCCUCACAGCUCUCAUGGGUGUGAGUGGAGCCGGAAAGACAACCCUUCUCGACGUGUUGGCCCACAGAACUUCUGUCGGUGUGGUAACUGGUGAUAUGUUUGUCAAUGGCAAUGGUCUCGAUGCUAGCUUCCAGCGGAAGACAGGCUAUGUGCAACAGCAAGACUUGCAUCUCGAGACUGCUACCGUGCGCGAGUCUCUGCGUUUCAGUGCUCUUCUGCGCCAGCCUGCAAGUGUCUCGAUCCAGGAGAAACAUGACUAUGUCGAGGAUGUGAUUAAAAUGCUCAACAUGGAAUCCUUUGCUGAGGCUAUCGUCGGUGUUCCUGGUGAAGGUCUGAAUGUCGAGCAAAGAAAGUUGCUUACAAUCGGUGUCGAGCUGGCUGCCAAGCCCAAGCUUCUUCUGUUCUUGGAUGAACCUACCAGUGGUCUUGACUCACAGAGUUCCUGGGCAAUCUGUUCAUUCCUCCGCAAGCUCGCCGAGCACGGACAGGCUAUUCUAUGUACCAUUCACCAGCCUAGCGCUAUCCUCUUCCAGCAGUUUGACCAGCUCCUUUUCUUGGCCCGAGGCGGCAAGACAGUUUACUUCGGACCUAUUGGAGAACAGUCGCGAACUCUCCUCGACUACUUCGAAUCUCAUGGCGCACGCAAGUGUGGUGAUAGCGAAAACCCCGCCGAAUUCAUGCUGGAUGUUGUCAACGCCCGCACCAACCCCCAGGGAGAAGACUGGUUCGAUGUGUGGAAGCAGAGCAAUGAAAGUCAAAUGGUCCAGGCUGAGAUCGAUCGAAUUCACAAGGAGAAGCAAAGCCAGGGGGCAGCUGAGUUUGAAGACUCAGCUAUUACUCGCUCUGAAUUUGCCAUGCCUUUCUGGUUCCAACUCUAUCAGGUCACCUACCGAGUGUUCCAGCAGUACUGGCGCAUGCCUUCAUACAUCAUCUCCAAAUGGGGACUUGGUAUCGCUGCGGGUCUCUUCAUUGGCUUCUCAUUCUACCAAGCGAAGGCAUCACUUCAGGGAAUGCAGACCAUCAUCUACUCGGUCUUCAUGCUGUGCACAAUUUUCACUUCCCUUGUUCAACAGUUAAUGCCUCUCUUCGUGACACAACGCUCUUUGUACGAAGUUCGUGAACGACCCUCAAAGGCUUACAGCUGGAAGGCCUUCUUGAUCGCCAACGUCAUCGUCGAGAUCCCCUACAUGAUUGUCACUGGUAUCCUCAUCUACGCCUGCUACUUCUACGCCGUCGUCGGCAUCCCUAGCUCCGUAAGCCAGGUGACCGUUCUUCUUCUCUGCAUCCAAUUCUUCAUCUACGCCGGCACAUUCGGUCAAAUGGUCAUCGCCGCCCUUCCCGACGCCGAAACUGCCAGCGCAGUUGUUGUCCUUCUUUUCGCCAUGUCACUUACUUUCAACGGUGUGAUGCAGCCUCCGUCGGCUUUGCCUGGAUUCUGGAUUUUCAUGUACCGCGUUUCUCCCUUCACAUACUGGGUCGGUGCUAUGGUCUCGACCCAGGUUCAUAACCGUGAAGUUGUUUGCUCUUCAGCCGAACUUUCUAUUUUCGACCCCCCGUCUGGUCAAACCUGUGGACAAUAUCUUGGUGAAUACGUCAAGCUUGCAGGUGGUCAGUUGCUCGAUUGGAAUGCCACUUCUGAUUGCAGUUAUUGUCCAGUUCAAAAGGCGGACCAAUACAUUGCGCAGUCUGAGAUCUACUAUUCUGAUAGAUGGCGCAACUUUGGAAUUGUCUGGGCUUUUAUCGCUUUCAACAUCUUUGUCGCCACGCUGACUUACUACCUGUUCCGUGUGAAGCGCUGGGAUCUCGAGAGUAUCAAGCAAAAGUUCCUACCUGCGAGAUUCACAAAGUCAAAGGCAAAGUCAAAGGCAUAG